UUGCGAGUCAACUCGUGUGCUCUCGAGCUGAUAGAGGCGCCGCGCGCUGCAAUAUCGGCGCUCCAUUGUAUUGGCGAACGUGGCGUGACAGCCCCCGGCCUCAGCAAAUGGCCUGCUUCGUGUCGCCGCGCUGACGGGGAGCGUCGCAAAAUCGGCGUCCAAGCUGGCAGCGCGACACCGACGUCAACUUUUGUCUGCUUUUAAUGGACGCACCGCGAGCGGCAGCGGCGGCGGCGGCGGCGGGCGGUUUGUUUUCCUUUCGUCUUUAUCUGUAGCUGGCCAAACAAGCGAGCGAGCCCGUGCGAGCCCCCCGCGUGCGUCCCAUUCGCUCGCCUAGCUACCUCCUACUCGUCCACGAGCAGUCCCAUUUGGAACAGCAUGGUCAUGGCUGACAGUGUCCAGAAACCGCUGAUCCGGGGUCCGGUCCGUGUGGGCUUCUACGACAUCGAGCGCACCCUGGGAAAGGGCAAUUUCGCCGUGGUGAAGCUAGCCCGACACCGCAUAACGAAGACCGAGGUGGCCAUUAAGAUCAUCGACAAGACCCAGCUGGAUGCUGUGAACCUGGAGAAGAUCUACCGGGAGGUUCAGAUCAUGAAAAUGCUUGACCACCCACACAUCAUCAAGCUCUACCAGGUAAUGGAGACGAAGAACAUGCUUUACUUAGUCACGGAGUAUGCCAAGAAUGGGGAGAUAUUUGACUACCUGGCGAAGCACGGGCGCCUCAGCGAGCUGGAGGCCAGGAGGAAGUUCUGGCAGAUCCUUUCAGCAGUGGAGUAUUGUCACAACCGUAACAUUGUCCACAGGGACCUGAAGGCAGAGAAUUUGCUGUUGGACGGCCACAUGAACAUUAAGAUUGCAGACUUUGGAUUCGGGAACUUCUUCCAGCCUGGGGAACCUCUGGCCACAUGGUGUGGCAGCCCGCCUUAUGCUGCUCCAGAGGUCUUUGAGGGACAACAGUAUGAAGGGCCACAGCUGGAUAUCUGGAGUAUGGGGGUGGUGCUGUAUGUGCUGGUGUGUGGGGCUUUGCCCUUUGAUGGCCCCACGCUGCCUGUGCUCCGACAGAGAGUCCUAGAGGGGAGGUUUCGCAUCCCCUACUUUAUGACUGAAGACUGCGAGCACCUGAUCCGCAGGAUGCUGGUCCUGGACCCGUCCAAGCGUCUGUCGGUGGCCCAGAUCAAGGAGCACAAGUGGAUGGCUCUGGACGUCCCCGUGCAGAGGCCCGUCCUGUACCAGCAGCCGCUGUCGGCCGAGGGCGAGGCGGGCGUGGGCGAGUACAGCGAGCAGGUCCUCCGUCUGAUGCACAGCCUGGGCAUCGACCAGCACAAGACUAUAGAGUCCCUGCAGAACAAAAGCUACAACCACUUCGCUGCCAUCUACUACCUGCUGGUGGAGCGGCUCAAGGCGCACCGCUGCAGCUUCCCCGUCGAACAGCGGCUGGACGCCCGGCAGCGGCGGCCCAGCACCAUCGCGGAGCAGACCGUCGUUAAGUCGACCAGUGGUUCGGCCCAGGUGGGUUUGCUCCCUCAGGGAGUCCGUCUGAUGCGCUCCCCAGCUGUGCCCCAGGCCUCCUCCGAGGCGUUCACCUUCCCUCAGACCGCGUGUCCCCUGGAGCAGAAUUUCAUGGUGGAGGACGUCAACACACCAAAAGUGAACGGCUGCCUGCUGGACCCCCUGCCUCCUCCCACUGUCCUCCGUAAGUCUUCCACUUCAACGCUGAGCAACAUGAUGGAGACAUCGAUCGAUGAGGGGAUUGAGACGGAGGAGCCCGACACAGAGGACGACCCGCCGCACAUGCUCUCAGCCUUCCAGACGUCACGGUUUGGCCAGCGGCGGCACACGCUGUCCGAGGUCACCAACCAGCCUGGGCCUUCCAACCAAGGCAAACUGUUCACUCUCGGCCACAACCCCUCCAUGGGCAGCAUGGACUCGGACAUUGGCCAUGACAUGGGCUCCAUGCACAGCGACCUUGGGCUGCUGGAGGACGCUCCCUCCCUCAGUGAAAUGAUACCGGCCAACAGCCCUCCCCCCGGCAUCAGCCCCACGCCUUUUCUGAGCGCCCGACCUGCUAACCCAGCAAUGGCCGCCCUGACUUCCCAGCACAGAGAGACGCACAACCGCUCACCUAUCAGCUUCAGAGAAGGACGCCGUGCCUCUGACACCUCCCUCACCCAAGGUCUGGUUGCAUUUCGACAGCACCUCCAGAAUCUGGCGAGGACCAAAGGCAUCCUAGACCUGAACAAAGUCCAGAUGCUGGUGGAGCAGAUGGGCUCCAGGGAGGAGGCUGCCAUGGGCCCCCCGGGACCUCAGCACCACUUGCACAACCUUCUGGAAGGUGAGGCAUCCAGGCAGCAGGAGGGCCUAGCUUUAUACCAGGGUGGGCCACAGCCGCCUCUCCUGUCCCGCAGACAGAGUUUGGAGACACAAUACCUCACUCAUAGAAUACAGGCUAAUGUCUUGGCUAACAGUCCCGCUAGCUGCCAACUUUUCUGUAAGGAGACUCCUCGAAGUUUAGAGCAACAGCUGCAGGAGCACAGACUGAACCAGAAGAGGAUGUACCUGCAGCAGCAGCCGCCGCAGGGCAUGGGGCUGCAGGCCUACUUCAACCAGAUGCAGAUAGCGGAGGGAUCCUACCUGGCGGGAAACCCCGCUCUUGAUCCAGCAGCAUCUCAAGGUUCCCCUCAGGGUGCCGCCGCCCAGCAGCAGGGCAGUCCUCAGGCAUCGCCUCCCUACACCCACCCUCACAGCUUGAGCCCUUUGAUGGAACCCGGCGAGGGCCUGCUUUAUGAUCCAUACAUGAGCCACCACCACUACACCCAACACCUGCCCACCGGAUCCCACCUCCACCACCAGCUCCACCACCCCCAGCCUCACGAAGCCUCUGCCGGUGGCCUGGGCUUCAGCUACCCCACAGGCUGCGAGCAGCAGGCCCUGGGGCCCUCCACUGAGGCUCUUCACACAGAGCAGUACGAGUUCCCUCUGGACCCCAUCUCACUGCCCCUGCCUGCUGCCGGGGAGGCCGAGUCCGGAGCUGUGGCCAGGGUUAUGGCGGGUCCGGGGCAUUCAGAUGGCCUGAGGCUCCCCGAGCUGCAGAGCUCUCUCCUCGACAGUGAGAUGAUGGAGACCGUGGACUCCCAGCACGGCUUUGUACUGGUCAAUUAAAGCUGGCUGAGGGGCUUAAUAGAAACCAGUAUUAAGCAAUGAGAACCUACACAGCAUUGAGAGUAGGGAGAUGUAAGUGGAGGCCACAAGCGUAGCAACAGGGAAGAAAAGUGUAAAUUUUUGUACACGUAAUACAAACUUAAUUUCUUAGUCGUCAUGAACCUCAGACCUUUUUACCAAAUUCCUCCCUUAGCCCGCCUCCCUUUCUCCCUCUCCUCCCCUGUUCUCGUUCUCAUCCGCUCCGUGAGGCAGGGACGGGUUCAGCGCCGACUUGGCCGGGUCGGCCGGUGCCGUGGAUGCCCUGCCGCCUGUCAGGACUGUGCCGCGCAGCCCAGAGGCAGCAUCUGAGGCUGCCGGCGGGCAGCGCUUCACAGAAAUGCUUUGAGAGCGAAGGGAUUCUAGAAGUGACUUGCGAAAGCGCGACGGCUAGAAGUGCUUUUUGUAAGUGGGACAGUGUUGAUGGAAAUAGACUGAUCCUCAUGGUCUGAACAAGAGCGAUUGGCCCUCAUUUAUCACAGUCGCCACAAAGUCAAGUGUUAAAGGUGCAUUUUGUAGAAAUAGUUUUAUACAGUCAUGUAAAAGCAAAGUGUCCAACACUAAUCCACCGUUCAUCCAAAUCAAUAACCGUUGCUUUGUUAACUGCCUUAACGAACCCUACAUGUGCUGGAUGAAGACUGAUUAAUGCAUUUGUGCUUUUAAAGUUUAGGCUAAUUGACUAAUGAUUAGAAUAAACGUAGCUGCAGGCUUAUGUGUGACAUCAACAUUUAUUUUCCCUUGUGCUUUUGAAACUUGUAACUACUGAUGUUGAUUCAUUUCUUACACUACUGAACUGUAACUUCACCUCUUGGUCGGACUGCACAUACAUGCCAGGUUUUCGUUAUGCUCAUGCUAACAAAAGGAUAAUUACUGGUUGUUUUUAAGCAAAUCGGCCACGCGUCGUUUUAACAGUUGAAUCGUGGCUCCUGUGUUUGUGUGAUAAAUGAGGGCCUACCUAAUCAGCGCGUGUUUGAUUGCGAGGUUGCAGUGUUAGACAGUCGAUGUUAUUCUAUUUUUGUGGCAAUACUGAAGCAAUAUUCAUCCAUAAUGUUGAAGGACAAUGAAUGGAAGCCUCACCUGUACAGAUAACUCUGAUCGGUUCCUCAGAGGGACCUCCGAGUCCUCGACAGUGACAUCACUGCUGAGCUGAUGAUGUAACCAGGACACGUGUGUGUGUGUGUGUGUGUGUGUGUGUGUGUGUGUGUGUGUGUGUGUGUGUGUGUGUGUGUGUGUGUGUGUGUGUGUGUGUGUGUGUGUGUGUGUGUGUGUGUGUGUGAGAGAUUGUUUGCACAAUUCUUUGGUUUUAAAUUUGAAAUCAAUUUGUUGUCAUUGCUGAAAAAGACAACCACUGUACUGACGUCUGUCUGCAUCCACAGUACCACAAGCUGUGCAGUUGGCCCACCGUUGUAGCUUUCCGAUGGACUCUGGUUUACAUCCUCAGUGCUCCAGUCAUGCCGCUGUGUUUUAAUGACGAACGUGUUGAUAAUGAUGUAACAACCCCUUCAAGAUCCCCUGCUUUAGUUUUCACUAAAGAAUGUUUUCUCUGAUGUUGUGGCUGCUGUGAGAUGAAGAUCGGCCCGACAUCAGUCGCCUCACACUGGAUUUGAACUAUCGGCUCACCACCACUCUGACUGACAGCAGGCGAACGGGAAGAGAGACCUUUUUUUUUUUUCUUGAUAUAAAACACUUGGACUGUGUUCAAUAUACUUGAAGCACACUGAUGUAUCUUCUGACACAUGACAUUGAUUUAAAAGAGGAAAAAAAACAGUGGAAAAACGAGGCAGAACGUCUGAGGCGGUGAGAUGCGAUUACUGGACUGUGACCAUCAGUUAGACUGUGUGACCUUCAGGGGCUGUGGGUUAAACUGUAGGAGCCUUGUAGCAGACGAGGCGGCCGACGAGCGUGACCUGAACGGAUGCUCCGCCGCGCUGUCAAAGAGAGCUGGAGUUGCAGUGUUGGAUGGCGGCUGGAGGAGUUGGGCCAAGCGUGGCUGCUGCCCUGUGCAAGGCCGAAAGGACAAAUCCACCCCGAAUGCCUCUGAGCGCGUUUCACAACGCAUGGCGGCUGCAUCUAAUCGGAAUUAUCCACCCAUUACUUACUUUACUACAUUAAUAAAUGAGCUCUUUGAUCUCUAAAACAUUAGAAAAUGCCAGUCAGAACCCACUUUUAUUGACUCCUCAUGAAUCAAAGUCUGUAUGCAUGCCCUGUAUCCAGGUCUGACAUUAGUAAUGUACCUGGCGUUGUUUACACCAGCGCUUUCAUGUCGCUUCCUCUGGAUCGGAGAGCAGAUCGUCACGCUCACACUUCACAGCCUCUCACUCAGUGACCUCUUUAGACCAGAGUGCAAUCCAGCCUCAAGACAUGUUGCAAAACCGGUCUUGUGGCUGUGAACAGUUCCACCCUGAGAUUUACCAACCACUCUGUUUAGCUGGAGAUGUUUAUAUGCUCAUGCACCCCCAUUCAUUAUAACCGCCGGGGCUGCGGGUCACACUGGAACGUGUGCAGGACAACAGGGAGGCAGGUUCAUCGCGUGACAGCAUUCAAGGGUGGAUUUCGCCUUCCUCUCGGUUCCUCUCCUUCGUUCGUGGGCGGUCAGACUGGAGGAGCAACAGGACGAUCUGUGGAAGUCAAAUACUGGAGCACUUUUACCACGAGGAGAAGAGAUGUAGCGGAAGAGGAGGAGGCUGGCGACACAGUCCGCAGGAAGCGCUCCUCUCCUCUCUCCUCCUCACCAAUAAUGGACUCGAAGCACGUUUCUUUCAAAGAAAGACCAGACACAGACACACUUUAUCAGAUUGUUGCUUUGUGAUCCGGACGGUGUGACACUUCUCCGUUUACGACGAGUGUUCUUUGUACAAAGUAGGGGUGUAGUGAGUCUCCAGUUGCACCGAGGGGAACUUUGUGUUGAAAGUGACUAGUGUUCAGUGUGCCUUUUUUCUUUUCAUGAUUUCCAUCUAAACUAAGGUUUUUGAAUAGCACCGUUGCUGGUUGGACCCUUGUAUUAUUUGUUUUACUCUGAUUCUUUUUUUUUUUUCCUUCUCUGUAUUUUCUCUUCUGGAAGUAAGUAGAGCCAGGUUUUACAAAGGUACAAAACCAAAGUCCCUCAGAAGUUUCCCUGUACGACCCACCGUGUGGAGUUUCGGAGCUUCUCUCACAGCUUCUCUGCCGUUUUUUUUUUUUGUUUUUUUUUUUUUCUCGUCGGUCCAUCAGUGUAUGCCAUUUAAAAGUAUUAUAGCAAUAUUUCUCUAGUUGAAGACUAAAGUCAUGACGAUAAUAGUGGACGUGUUUCCAAGUAUCAUAAUUUCACCUCCUGCUGAUAAAACAAAAAACAUCAAUCUAUCUAUAGAAGUCCAGUUUUAUAUUUACCCUCAUUGAUGUUGACCACACAUAAGCUAACUUGCUGUUGAGAUUAAAGGUUUAUUGAACGGA